UUACUUAUCGUAAUAGAUUACGUGACGUUUUAUUGGAAGGUGUUGAUGUUCAAUGGGAUAAAAAAUGUAUUGGAUAUGAAGAAUGUGAAAAUGGUGUUUGGGCUUUAUUCGAGGAUGGAACGAGAGAAUUUGGAGAUUUAUUAGUUGGCGCUGAUGGAAUUAAUUCACCAAUUCGAAAACAAAAAGUUCCUGACUUGAAAAUUUUUGACCUUGGAGUAACCAGUGUUGAUAUAGAUAUUUCUAUACCAAAAGACCUAGCCGAUAAAUUUAUGAAAUUUUAUUCAAAUGCAUUAAUGCAACAAUCACUUGGUCGAAAUGGUGAUUGGAUUUUUUCUUUGAUACGAUUAGUACCAAUCGACCAAUCUGAUAAUCCAAGUUAUAGAUUUACAUUUUCAUAUAAUUACCCUACAAUCCUUGAUACUGAAGAUAAAAAUAUUCUAGUUGACGAUGAUAAUCCUGAAUCUGUUAUUAAACAUGCAAUUUCAAGAAUUAAGCAAUUACGUCCUCCUUGUAAAUUAACUGAUAUGAUGAUUGAAUUAUAUUCUUUGGUUCCACUUUCUGAUCCAGAAGAAAAGGAUUCAUCUAGAAACUAUAAUCCUCCACGACGUCGUCAACUUCGUGAUAUUAAUCCAUUAUCUGUACCACCCUGGAAAGAUGAUAGAAUCAUUUUGUUAGGUGAUGCCGCCCAUGCUAUGAAUCCACUAUUAGGAUUAGGUGCAAAUAACGCGAUACAAGAUGCCGAUCUGUUAACCAAGGAAUUAAUUAAUUCCGAAAAUAAAGAUUUAAUCGCGUGCAUUCAACGAUACAACGAACAAAUGCGAGUUCGAUCAUCUAAAGACGUUCUAGCGUCACGUAACAUGGUACUAAGGCAACGAAAACCAGUGGGAAAUUUUGGUUUAAUUCUUAGAUAUUCUUUUUUAAAAGUUCUUACAGCCUUUCUCUAUGUUUCUGCAUUUAUUAAAAUUCAUAAAU